AUGAUGGAAUACGCCCAAUACCAGCAGCAACCCCAAAGCGCACACUCACAACCACACAUUCAGACAGGGUAUCCGACAUCUGCAGGAGGCAAUAGCAUCACAUCACCGUCAACUCAGCACCUUUCCCAGACAUCACCGAUCCUCCCGUCACAGCAACAUCAGCCGUCGCCGACACAGCCCCACAACAUGUAUCAGGCGCAGUAUGCGGUACCUCAACAGGGCAUUCACUAUGGUAUGCCGGGGAUUCAAGCUGCGGCCAUGGCUGCCACUGCAGCCGCGUCUGGGUCUUCGUAUCCAUACAUGGCAUCGGAUCCAAGCAUGCAGCAGUCGCCGAGGUUGUCGGGGGUCGGCCCUAAGAAGGACGCCCGGGCCGGGCCGCGGUCGCCGCAGCAAAUGACCAACAUGCCUCAGCAGCGGCGGCUCAGCCAGGUGGCGAGCCCUGGCGUCCCGAACGGACCGACAAUGCUGAACCAUGGUGGGCCGCGCUCUGCAGUGCCGCCCCCGAUGACAGCUGCGCAGCAGAUGCCGCCGCCACAGUCGCCCGAGAUGCCGUCCGGAACCGUGGAGGAGUCGCCGCUGUAUGUGAACGCGAAGCAGUUCCACCGGAUUCUCAAGCGCAGGGUUGCCCGGCAGAGGCUGGAGGAGGCCCUUCGACUGACUAGCAAAGGUCGCAAGCCCUACCUCCAUGAGUCGAGGCAUAACCACGCUAUGCGCCGGCCACGCGGGCCCGGUGGUCGCUUCCUGACGGCUGAGGAGGUUGCGCAGAUGGAGAGGGAGAAGGGAGGCGGCGGAUCCGGAGACAAGUCCGAAGGGUCGGAUCAAAUCGCGAAUACCAAGACAGCGACGGGAGCGACGAAGCGCAAGUCUGAAGGCAAUAGCGCGUCGAACACGGCGUCCAAGAAGUCCAAGCGAGCAGCGUCGACGCCCGAGGAUGAGGAGGACGAGGACGACUGA